GAAAGAGAAAGAGAGUUUCUGGGCAUACGUGUUGGGAUAAUUCUAGUGGAGCUUAACCUUCCAGAUCCUUCUGUUUUGUUUACCUCAUUUUUAAUAUUCCUCAUCUAUCCAUUUUCUCCUUUGAUAAUAUUUAAACCACAAUAAUUCAUUCUUCACCACCCUUUUCACGAUCCACAGCCCUGCAUUCUAUUUUGAUCUGCCAACAGAUUCUUGAUUAUUCUGUUUUCUCGUUCUUAACAAGGAAGGAUUAGAAAAUGGACGAAGCAGACGCAUCAAGAUACUGGUGUCAUGUGUGUUUACAGACGGUGAAUCCUGUAGUGGAUAUCGAGACAAUAAAAUGCCCGAUUUGUCAAAGUGGAUUCAUAGAAGAAAUGGCAUCUGCCGAUGCCCCAGGAAAUGAUGAUUUUGGACAUGGAGGGUCUGAUUCUGACCGUACCCUCUCCAUCUGGGCUCCAAUCCUGCUUGGUAUGAUGAGUAAUCCUCGUCGCCGCCAUCGCAGUAGAUUCAGGCGCAUGGAGUUUGAGGAUGACGACUAUGAAGAUGGCAACGAUAAUAAUAACAGUCAACGUGAGGGGGAUAUGGAGCUGGAUCCUGCAUUAGAUUCCCUAACAAGGAGGAGAAGCUCAGCUGCUGUUAUCCAGCUCCUCCAUGGCAUUCGAAAUAGAAUGGUAUCUGAGUUGGGAAAUUCUCAGAGGGAUCAAAGAGACACAGAUAGAGAUGAUAUUAGGGAUGGAGAGAGUGUGAUUUUGAUUAAUCCAUUUAACCAAACUAUUGUUGUUCAAGGUUCUCAUGAUUCCAAUAACGAUUCCCUGGAUCGUGCACCAAUUGGCUCGCUAGGUGAUUAUUACAUAGGUCCUGGUUUAGAAUUAUUGCUGCAGCAUUUGGCAGAGAAUGAUCCGAAUAGGUAUGGUACACCACCUGCUAAGAAAGAUGCUGUUGAAGCAUUGCCUACUACUAAAAUUGGGGAGACAUUGCAGUGUUCUGUUUGUUUGGAAGACUUUGAGGUAGGGGCUGAAGCAAAAGAGAUGCCUUGUAAGCACAAGUUCCAUACUGAGUGUAUUCUGCCAUGGCUCGAGCUUCACAGCUCUUGUCCCGUCUGUAGAUAUCAAUUACCUUCCGAUGAAUCUAAGGUUGAUUCAGCAGGGUCAAGAAAUAACAGUAAUAUCAUCAAUGUCAAUAACAACAGUGGUAACCUUAAUGGUGGUGGCGGCGAUGAAAGAAAUGAAGAGGGGAGACGGUUUUCAAUACCCAUUCCAUGGCCUUUUAGUUCUUUAUUUUCCUCUUCCACUUCCCAAUCUAGAAGUGGAAAUUCAUCCUCAACAUCUCCAUCAGGGUCAUCAGCAAAUGCUCCUUCGACCACCUCAAAUACACCAGAUGACAACUAAGUUAGCAAGCGAUGCUAUUGUUUUAUUGUGCUCUAAGGUGCAUAGAUGUUCAGUAGUCUUGCCUUUGUAUAUGGUAAUAUAUUCGAUACCUGAUUGUAGUUUUUUAAAGGAGAUUGUGUAUUCGUGUUUCUGUGACGUUUUCUUUAUUACUGGUUGAAGAUGAUUCACUUCGGCAUUUUUUAUUUGAAGAGUUACUCGAA